CGCAGAAAUCGGUCCGUGCGGGAGCAACAAUCACAUCCAAGAUGGAGCCCGCUAACGCCGGACAUCUGAUGAGCUUAGCGGCGCUGCAGAGACAGGACCCUUACAUCACCAGGCUGCUCGACGUUACCGGGCAGGUGGCUCUCUACAACUUCAACUCCAAAGCCAACGAAUGGGAAAAGACAGAAAUCGAGGGCACCCUGUUUGUAUAUGCAAGGUCUGCCUCUCCUCGCCACGGCUUCACCAUCAUGAACCGACUGAGUACAGAGAACCUGGUGGAGCCGAUCAAUAAAGAUCUGGAGUUCCAGCUGCAGGAUCCCUUCUUGCUCUACAGGAAUGGCAACUUGGGUAUCUACAGUAUUUGGUUCUACGACAAGAGGGACUGCCAACGCAUCGCUCAGCUCAUGGUCAAGAUUGUGAAACAGGAAGCAGACCAUGCCCAGAGGACGUCACCAGAGAGGGUGGAGCCGGGGAGGACCAACGGCAUGGCAGAACCCCAACCCAUCGACAUCCUCGAGCUGCUCAGCAAAGCCAAGGAGGAAUAUCAGAGAGCCCAGGCAGGUGAACCAGACGUGUCUACAGAUCUGAAUGUGAAAGCAGCUGUCAUCCCUACAGAGCGUGCCCACAGUGCUCCCCAACCUGAAAAGAGCUCUCAUAUGAUGGUGAAGCAGAUCACGGUGGAGGAACUCUUCGGCUCGUCUCUCCCUAAAGACCCCUCUCUACCCUCCUUGCCCCCUCAGAAUGCCUCUUCCUCCCAUGAACCCUCCACCGCCUACAUCCAGAAACCUCCGUACCCGCCUCCAGCCCACCAGAGCUCCCUGCUCCCUCCCCAGCUGGCAGCCCAGGACCCCGGGUCCAACCAGCGGCACCAGGGCCCCGGCCUCCUCCCGGCUCCGUACACACUCCAUCCCGGUCCUGUUUUCCAGUCGGUGGUCUCCAGGUCGGACCCCCAGCCUCACUGCUCCGUCUCCCCUCUCAUGCUGCGUCCGGCCGGCCCAGAGCAUCGCCCCGCUCCCCCUGGUCCCUCAGCUCCUCCACCGGCUCCUCCGGCCUAUCUGGGUCAGGAGAUACUCAGCACGCUGAAGGCGACGGUCCCGUCUGUAAACUCGGACAUUCACAAACCCAUCCUGGCCCCAAACUUCCUGCCGAGCACGCUGGUUCCCCCCUACAGCUUCCAGGAGCCGAUGGGGAAGCCUCUUCUGCAGCACGGCAAAGACAUGGACGUUUUCUCUCAGCCUCCAAACCUGAUCAAACCCAUGUCUGCCGUUCCCAUGAGUCCAGGUCUGGCUGUUCCAGGGUCGGAGAUUUCGGUGCUCCUCUCCCCCAGUGCUUUCCAGCAGGCGAUCAACACGACGACGGGGGCGGUAUCGGUGGUCCCUCCAGCCCCCUCUGAGGCCUCCUCUGCCUGUGGAGGAGCUGCAGAGCCUCCAGCAGCAUCCUGCAGCAAAACACAGCUCCAGGAGACCCUGAUUCAUCUCAUUAAGCAUGAUGCAGACUUCCUCUCUGCCAUCCAUGAAGCUUACCUGCAGACUCUGUCCAAGGACUUCAGCAACAUGAAGCUAUAGUCCUGCUCCUCUCAUCACCACGGCUUCUUCCUGAGCUCCAAGCCCUUCAUGACCACUGAAGAGACCAGAGGAUGAGUUUAAAGAAGCGGACGGUGUUCCACACCACGACUCUUCAGAGAAUUAUUUUUAUUAUUAUUAGAGCAUGCACCGAAACAUUUAAGCCCUGCUAAUGUCAAACCAGAACUACUGUGGAAAGGAGGAGGAGAUCCACGGAUUGGUGAAGUUAAUUCUCUGGAGGAUGGGCCACAGUGAAUCAGAGACGCUGCUUCUCAUCACACGUCUGGAGUUCUGUCAGUCCAAUAUGGGGAGAUUUGAUAACACACUUCUGCACUGACUGCUUAUGAAGACGGUAACCUCAGUUCUGGGGAGCUCAGAGCUGCUUUAAGGGUCUUUGUGGAGCCGCUGUCCCUCUGUGUGACGUUAAAAAGAGCUUCUCAGAACACUGAAGCCUGUAUAUUUUUUUUUAAAAAGCCGCAGAGACGCUGCAUAGCUGGUGCAGAUCUGUGGCGUUUUGUGUUUGGAGGAGAACUUCUGUAAAUGUUGGGAGAAGCACUUGCAGCUACGAACUAGAAAUCAGCUGUUUUUUGUUUUUUAAACUUGUUAUGGACUGUGAGAUGUUUCUAACGCACAAACCAGCUUCUUUGCUACCUAUCUCCACAUUUCCCCUCAUCUUCACUCCUCCAGCUGAGCUCGUGAUGCUCGAUGUUCUUGGAGGGGAUUUGUGCAACAGACGAGAGCCAGAAAGCCUUUAGGGAAGCCAGCGUUCUGGGAUAUUUUAGGAUGGUACCGUAGAGCUAAACUCACCUCUGGGUGCUGCAGUCGAUGUGUGAUUGGAAUCUGAAAAAAAUGCAAAUCGUUCAUAUUCAGCCCUAUUAUUAUUAUGAUUAUUAUUAUUAUGAGUAAAGUGCUUAAAAUGGGCGUGCUUCACUCUGCUCCAGUUAUCCAAACUAAUCAUGAAAACUACCUCUGUUCCCAUUUUUAAAUUUGUUUUUCCAGAUGAGUCCUGGAGAGAAACUUAAAUUGGGUUUUUAUUUGCAGUAAGAGGCUACUGCAGCACAGAAACUCGUCUGCAUCGUCAUCAUGUGGAACGCCGAGCGGAGAUCUAAUGUACAGAAAAAAAAACACAAAAAUCUGCUUUUUUUCCUCCCGUCAUGUCGUCACAAAAUGUUCAACACGCAGAAGACCAUUAAAGCUGUCUAGAAAUUAAUAUAAACCUAUGAAAAUUUUGUUUUCCGUCCAACAAACGGAGUUGUUCAACAUGGAAAUAGUUUAUUUUUCUUUUUAAUUUUCAGCAUUAAAGGCAAAGAUUCUGUUCUUCAAUUUUUCUUUAUUUCAAUUCAGACAAUCUUUUUUAAAAAAUGAGUGAGCGGCAUGAAUUUCUGCAUAAAUCCUGGAUUGUGACGCUGGUUCUGCUCUUUGAAUGUAUUGAAUGUAGAAUGAGUUCCAGAACUCCACUUCAACAUCCCCCUUUUUUUUCUUUCCUCUGUUUUUUAUUUGGCAAAAUCCAAAUUCAGAAUGUAAAAAUAACACUCCUGCAGCCCGGGAGCAAAUCAGAUCGUUUGUUGACUUGAUUGCCGUGUAAUAAUUCCUAGUUUCCAACAUUUCUGCAGAUUGUUUUUAAUCCCAGUCGCAUAUUUAAAGACUUUAAGAUUAUUUUACACUUUAGGUUUAAUUUAUCUCAUUGGCCGAGAGAUAUGAUUUUGGAAAAUGUCUUUGGAGGUUUAAUUUUCUAAGAUUGUUUGUCCCUGUGCUUAAUUUGGUUUAUUAUGGAUAUUUUGUUAUAUUAAAGAUUUGAGAAUAGA